UCAUCUCCGAAUGACCUAAAAAUCAGAAAAGGACAAGUCGCAUAGUCCCCUUUGCCGGGCUACGAGUCUACGCCGGACCCCCAGCUCUCCGUCGGGUCCCCAUUCUCUCGACAGUCAAUACUUAUUUCUUCAUAGAUCUCAAUUAGGUUUUCCAAACCAAUGCUUAUGAACUCCUUUGUCUGACCUGAAAGAUCACUCAUUUACUCAACCAUGGCGGAUCACCAUCACCAUCUUCAACAACACCGUCCUCACCGGCUUAAAGUGCCUUCACGCGCCGUCGCAGCUGCCCCCACUACCUUUGUCACUACCCCUACCACUUCUCGGCCGUACCCUGUUUUUGCUUUCGCAUCUUCAACCCCGACUACUUUAGCUACUCCAUCAAAACACCGUCUUUCGUCCCUAAGCUCGAAAUCUUCAAACUACAAUAACAACAACAAGUCUUCGCUAUCCUUUCUGUUCCUCCUCCUCUUCUCUCUCCGGUCUCUUUAUUCACUCCUCCCUUUCCUUCGCUCCUCUCCUUCUUUUUCUUUAUUCCCUUUCUCGUUUCUGGUCUCCCUUCUCUCGUUUCUUCUCACUUAUGUUUUCUCUGUGUUCACAUCGUUCUCGUCCUCCUCUUCUUCCUCUACGAGAGACCCUUUUCACCAAAAGCAAAGCCAACCCGUCUUUUCUCUCACCUUGCUUUCUCUAUCCGAGCAUAGAAUUUUAGUCGCCAGAUCGAUUCUCCUCGCCGUGGUCUUUCUACUUCGAUUCCAAGCACUUCGGUACUGUGGCACUGCCGCAAUGAUUCUCGCCGAGUUGUGUGGAAACAUGGCGGCGCGUUUCGUCGGCGAGGGACGGAAUCUAAACAUGGGUGAUCAAAAUCUAUCCUCCAAGGUUCGUGGAUUUCUAGCUCUGUUUCUUGGGUUGUUUUUGUUAUCUCUGAGUUGGGAUCGCAUUGAAUGCUUUCCUUUUUCGGCCAAGUUCGUUGAUAAGUUGGGAUUUUCUGUGUUUCCAAGAGACACUUGUCUGAGAAUUUGGCCAAUGUUGCUCCCGUUUCUUUCUGGAUUUUUGGGAUGUUAUGAACGUGUUUCAAUGAACUGGGGAAGUAUUAGGCAGCUGGGCAGAAAACGGGUGCGAUUAAUUUCGUUGUUUUUCACAACGGUUGUGCUUUUCUUUCCUGCUGUUAUUAGUAUGCUCAUGUUUGAAGCUGAGGGAGAUGGCUUUUCCUUUGGAAAUUUGGUUUGGCCUCUGGCAAACACGGUUGUUUUUGGGGUCUUGUUGACUGAGAACUUUAGUGAUGAGAAGUUAGUGAGUUCUAAGGAUUUUCGCAAGGAGUUUGUGGUCACCUUUGUUUGUACUCUUGUUUUGGAGUUGUUUUAUUUUCCGGAGCUAUCACUUUGGGGACUAUUGCUCUGCGGUCUACUGCUGUAUAUAGCUGUUCGGGAGUUGGAUCCUUUUUAUUCAAAUCAUCUUGAAUUGGGAUUGGAGUCUCCUGAAUCGUUCAUUGAGCUUAUUAUGAAGCCUAUUCGGCACAUUUUGAGUGAAAGGAAAUCAAGAAAAAUUGCACUUUUCCUGAUGAUCAACACUGGAUACAUGGUUGUGGAAUUUGUUGCUGGGUUCAUGAGCAACAGUCUGGGGUUGAUAUCAGAUGCGUGUCACAUGUUGUUUGAUUGUGCAGCUCUUGCCAUUGGACUAUAUGCUUCGUACAUAUCAAGAUUGCCUGCUAAUAAUCAGUUUAAUUAUGGUCGUGGGAGAUUUGAGGUUCUUUCAGGAUAUGUUAAUGCGAUUUUUCUGGUUUUGGUUGGAUCACUUAUAGUGUUGGAGUCUUUUGAAAGGAUAUUGGAUCCCCAAGAGAUAUCAACUAAAAGUCUAUUAACUGUUUCAAUUGGAGGGCUUCUGGUUAACAUGGUUGGAUUAGUCUUCUUUCAUGAGGAGCAUCAUCAUGCACAUGGUGGAUCAUGCUCACAUUCCCACUCCCACAGUCACGAACAUUCGCACGAUCUUGUUGGUCAUGAUCACAAAGGGUGUGAAAAGCAUGAGGAGAGCAUCUGUGUUUCUCACGAAAGCCAUGAACCGCACAGUGAUGAAAUUCAUGGACAUAGUCAUCACAUGAACUCUGUCAGCUCUAAAGAUAAUAACCAGACUGGGAUUAACAAGUGUCAUGAUCACCAUCAACAUGGCCAUCACGGCCAUGGUCACUGUCAUGAUAACCAUGCACAUGAUCAUGACCAUGACCACUGCCAUGGUCAUGCAGAUGCCCAUACCCACAAUCACGAUCAUGAUCAUCACCCUGGUCAUUCAUGCCAACAUGACCACUCGAGGAGCAACAAAAGUCACCAGCACCAUCAACAUGAGCACCAUUGCCAUGGUCACGAUCACCAUGACAACCACGGCCAUGACCAUGGAGACAGCAAUCAGCAUGAUCUUCAUGACCUUAUCUCCAAUGGAGAACAAUCGCAUAAGGAUCGUCAUCGCCACAUCGACCACAACAUGGAGGGCAUAUUCUUGCAUGUUCUGGCAGACACCUUGGGAAGUGUUGGAGUUGUUAUAUCAACCCUCUUAAUUAAGUACAAAGGAUGGCUUGUUGCUGAUCCUGCCUGCUCUAUAUUUAUAUCAGUCUUAAUUGUAUCUUCAGUUAUCCCAUUACUCAGAAAUUCUGCAGAAGUUUUACUCCAAAGAGUCCCUAGGGUGCAUGAGGAGGAUUUGAGAAAAGCCUUAGCUAAGGUUAGGAGGAUGAAGGGCGUGCGUGGCAUUCAGAACUUGCAUGUAUGGAGUUUCACAAACAGUGAUGUGGUUGGAACUCUCCGCCUUCAUGUCUCAGCCGAAACAGUCAAGGCUUCUGCAAAGACGGAGGUGUCAGACAUACUACGUGAAGCCGGAAUCAAGGAUCUGACCUUGCAGAUUGAAUGUGCUAGGUAACGAGCUCAUUAGAUCUUACUGACUCGUCGACAGAGACUAGCAUAUUCACCAAGGUUACACAGCCUAUUAUUAAAGUUGGAUUAUUUUUGGUCGAUGCAAAUGUGCAACCUUCUCUAAUGCAUGUCAUGUCAUGAUAACUUCAUCAAUCAAAUGUAUCUUAAGAGUCCGGACAACAUGAGAUGGAAGCUUCAUCAAUCAAAUAUCAUCUCUGCCUAAGAUCAGCUGCAACAUCAUGCAUAGCAUGCAUCUUUUCGUCUCUCCUAAGGAUGAUGAUUCUUUUUCAUCUCACCAUCCUAAAGUACAACAAUUUACUUGGUUAUAUGUUAUUUAUGCAUACAUGUAAGAAAUACUCGAAAGGCAAUGAUUUAUUUGCUUACAUUACUGUAGUUCAUGGCGCAUUUAGUUGUAUUAAUAUAUGUCCACUGUUGGACUCUAUCAAACACGCUUUUUUUUCUA